ACCUCUCGCAUGCUUGAUCACCUGCUAUCGAGUGCGAUAACACGGACAAGACCUCAUUUGGCGUUCACAGGCAAUUCAACGGCCGGCCGGAUCUUUCAUCCAUGUGUCAUCCGCGAUAUGCAAGAACCAUCGUCUCUCAGUUCUCGCAAUGAACAUUUACCAGGACUGAGCCGCCAGCACUACUGCUUGCCGAGUAAAUACCCAACUCAAAAUACAUAUCAACGAGAACUCCCUUGAAUGUCACUGAAAGAUGAUGACAUUAUGGGCAUGUCUACAGCUCUAUCUUCCAUUUUUCUUGCUGUCAAGGAUGCCACGAUGUCAUGCUUCGGACUACUUUCCACAAGGUCAACACAAGACACGCACGAUCUGACAAUCACCGCGGACCCUCGCCGGCAAAACCAACAGAAUAUCCGGUCAAGACUUGCUGAAGCAGACAAGACGAUAGACAACAACUCCCAACUGGGUUCUGGCGGACUGCAAGACAACAAUGGCGAUUUAUACGGACAAAAGGAGGCAUUUCCCUACCAGAAUCAAAUCAUUGACCAGAGCGAAGAAAAUAGCGAGUGCAAAGAUAUGCCGGAGACACCACCACGGCCGGCUUCACAAACCCUCUGGCGUGAGGAUCGUGCACGGCGACAAAGGCAUGAGGAACAGCGGUGGAGCUUGUUGAGCGACUUGCCAAUUGGGCAGUCUACACCUCGACGGAUGUGAUUUCAUGAAUGAGCGGCGAUCGCCGGGGUGUAUCAGUUGUACAGGUUGGACAUGGGCUUGACUUUCAUCGUCACGAAGCU